AACUCUUGUUCGAUAUAGCACGUGUUUACGAAUUACUUUCUUGCUUCAUUUUAAAAUAAAGUCCAAACAUAGUGAAAUAUAACAUAAUUUAAGCUAAUAUGGCUAUGCUGGCGGAACCACGACGCCGCAAGCGGUACAAUUUGUGCCCGCGCGGCAAGGCGCUCUAUGAAGAUGAAAACCGAUUUGGCACCAAAAUGCUAGAGAAGAUGGGCUGGACAAAGGGUAACGGCCUGGGCGCCAAGCAGGAUGGCGAAAAGGAUUUUGUUCGCAUUCGCUUUAAAAACGACGCAGAAGGUUUGGGAUUCGAGGCAAGGGAUGACCAAUGGACCACUCAUGAAGAGGGUUUCAAUGGACUGCUCAAAUCCCUGAACGGUGAAGAUAACGAGGCUAAUGGCAAAGAAUCGGAACCCGAAGAGGAAGCCAGACCUAUGGGCUUCGGCUUCAAAGCCGAAGAUCCGGAGGAGCCGUCUAAGAAGAAACUUAAGGAGAAAAUCAGUGGAAUGUCGCUGGAGGAGCGAUCAAAGCAAAGUAAGGCUCGCGUUCACUACAAGAAGUUCACACGGGGAAAGGACUUGACCCAGUACAGCGAAAAGGAUUUGGCCAAUAUAUUUGGCAAGAAGGCAACAGACCAUAUCGAUGUGCCAGUGCUCGUAGAGGUUGAAGAUCCGAAGGACGAAAAGCUGGUGGAUCCCAACUUCGCUGGAGUGCAAACAGUAAGCACUGGACUUUCUGUUAGCGAUUACUUCAAACAGAAAAUGGAGGCCAUGAAAAACAAGCUAAAUAAAGGACCUGAGACCACUCCAACGGGUGCCGAGACACAGGUUAAUGGCCACGAUGAGAAGGUCGAAGAGACCAUAGCGGAGAAUGGCCAUGAACCCAGCAAAAAGAAGAAAAAAAAGAAGGACAAGGAAAGGACCGUUGAGCCAUCGAUUGCAGAGGAAGAAAUUGAGCAAACACCUCACAAACAAAAGAAAAAGAAGAAAUCCAAACGCUCCUCUCAGGAUGAGACAGAACAAUCGGUGACCCUCUACGUUGAGGAACAACAAGUGGAAGGCGAUGAAUACAAACUAGCAAAACAAAAGAAAAAAAAAAAGGUCAAGCAGGAAAAAGCUACAGAAGAUUUGAUAAAAACCAUAGAGCCUUUUGAAGAACCUGCCCCAAAAAAGAAGAAAAAGUCCAAGAAAACCGACUUGAUUGAUUCGGAAAUAAUUAUAAUUGAUGAUGACUCCCUCAACGAUAACGACUCGAAUGCCUUUGAUGAAAAUCCGAGUAAAAAGAAAAAUAAAAUUAAAGAAUCCAAUCAUUCUCAAGUGGAAAACACUGCUGCGAUAAUAGAAGAAAACUCAACAAAAAAGAAAAAGUCCAAAAAGGAGAAGAAAAAGGUGGACACCAUUGAGAAAGAUCUAGAGGAAAUACCACCGUCCGUAACUGAAGCUACUGAAAAAACCUCAAAGAAAAAGAAAUCCAAAACUAACGCGGAACCCGCAGCUGAGCUGGAGAUUCCUGCACCAACUGACGUCGUAGAAUCGGUUGUAAAAAAUCUUAAAGGGACUGGAAGGAACCAAACGGACGUAAGUGCUGCCAGUAAAAUCUCCGGCGAUAAAAGCGAUGAGUCAGCCGAUGAAGAUCUGCCCACAGAUUUCUUAUCACUGGACGAUAUCAAAGAAAAAUUAAAAUCAUUCAAUACUGUUAAAAUCUCUCAAUUUUGUGCAGAAAAAUUCCACAUGCUCGACAUGAGUGCGUUUUGCAACUCGACGCUGGGCGAGAUUGUGGGCUACGGGACAAGCGAAAACGUGGAACUGGAAGUGGAAGAGAUUCCGAACGACGAAAACCGCAUACUCGACCUUUGGAGCAAUAAGUCUAUUGCUGAAUCUAGGAAAACUGUUAAAUUUAUUUAUCCGGAGAAGGUUAAGCGCACGACUAUUCGGGCAGUUAAGAAAAGAGUCGCAUUUCAAGGAAUUUAGUUCUAGCAAACGAAAUAUAAUUCAACGUGAUUCUAAUUAAGAUUGUUUUGUACAUAAACAACUUAAGUAGGUAGUUUGUAAGCUUCAUGGUUUACAUUAUAAUGUGUAACAAGAUAAUUAAUUAAACUGAACUAAACAUUUCAA